CGCGUUUUGCGCAUGCCUCAUUUCGUCUGCUGCCUCUAGGACUCCGUCUUCCCUGGUUUUAUUCAACUCCUGAGUUGGUUGGGUAGCAGAGUCUUCGUACUCUUCUGUGGUCAAUGCGACACGGCUGGGGAUUGACCAGUGAACCCUGAAAGGCUGGGCAAGGAACGAGGGGCCCCGAGAGCGGUCAGCGGCCGGUAUCUGGCGGUAGUAAGGAACCUUAUGGACCCCGUGGCGAGACCCUGGGACUGCGGGGUCUUUGUCAGGAUGUGAGGCCCCGUCACUACAGAUUCAGUGGCGCGCUUGUUGAAGUUGUGUGUGGGGCCGCGAAAGGAGGAGGUGUGCACAGGAGGAAGUUUACUAGGAGCUCCUGGAGAGGGGGCGAUGCUGCAGGGAGAGCCUGCGUGAGAGCUAAGGGUUCUUCCAACGCCUUGCGUGGGAGUUUGGACUCGUUAGUCACUACGGAUUUCUUAUCAACUUGGUUUAGCUGUGUCUUCAGAGUUGUCUACAUCUUUCCAAGAACAGCACAAGAUGAACAAGGUUGAACAGAAAUUCCAGGAGUUAGUGUCAUUUAACGACGUGACUGUGGGCUUUACCCAGGAAGAAUGGCAGCACCUGGACCCUAGCCAGAGGUCCCUGUAUAGAGAGGUGAUGCUGGAGAACUACAGUCACCUUGUCUCUGUGGGGUAUUGUGUGACCAAGCCAGAGGUGAUCUUCAGGCUAGAGCAAGGAGAGGAACCAUGGAUAUCGGAGGCAGAAUUCCCAAGCCAGAGCUUCCCAGAACUUUGGAAAGCUGAUUAUCUGAAGGAGCAGAGCCAAGAAGAUUUGUGGAAAGUUGUAUUCAUCAGUAACAAAAUGCUGAUGAAGGAACAAGGUAAUAUAAUAGGAAGGCCAUUUGACUUGGACAUAGAUUCUUUUCCUUCCAAGAAAAUACUCUGUCAGUGUGACUCAGAAGGAAGAAGUUUCAACAAUAUUUCCAAAUUGAUUAUUAGUAGGAAAAAGUACUUAAGAAAAAAGCCUGAUGAACUUAAUGCCUGUGGGAAAUUGCUACUCAAAAUUAAACAUGAGAAAACUCAUACUAGAGAGAAAAUUGAAUUUUUUAGAAAUAGGAGUACUUUCAGCCAUUACAAGGGAGAGAAGAUUCAAACCUUAGAGCAAACUUCUGAGUAUAAUAUAUAUCAGGAAACCUUCCUUGAAAAGACAAUAUUCAACACAUACAAGAGAGAGAACAUGGAAGAGAAUUACUGUGAAUAUAGUGAAUAUGGGAGAAUUUUUUGUGGUAAUUCAUCUCUCUUGUUCCCUCACAUAUCUACUUCAAAGGAGAAUCACUAUGGAUUUAGUGAUUAUGAGAAAUCCUGUAGGAAGCUAACCUCUUUCAAAUAUGAUGGGCUACCUGUAAAACACUGUGAUGAAUAUAAUCAAAAUGGGAAUAACUUCAGGAGGAAAUUAUGUCUCUCACAACUUCAGAAAACUGAUAAAGGAGAGAAAGACUUUGAAUGUAAUGAAUGUGGGAAAGCAUUUUGGGAGAAGUCACACCUCACUCGACAUCGGAGGGUACAUACAGAAGACAAACACUUUCAGUGUAAUGAAUGUGGAAAAACUUUCUGGGAAAAAUCAAACCUCACUAAACAUCAGAGAUCUCACACUGGAGAGAAACCCUAUGAAUGCAAUGAAUGUGGGAAAGCCUUUAGUCACAAAUCGGCCCUCACACUACACCAGAGAACGCAUACAGGGGAAAAACCCUAUCAGUGUACUGCAUGUGGGAAGACUUUUUACCAGAAGUCAGACCUCACUAAACAUCAGAGAACACAUACGGGGCUGAAACCUUAUGAAUGUUAUGAAUGUGGGAAGUCCUUUUGUAUGAAUUCACAUCUUAUAGUACAUCAAAGAACUCACACAGGCGAGAAACCCUUUGAAUGCCUGGAAUGUGGGAAAUCCUUUUGUCAAAAGUCACAUCUUACUCAACAUCAGAGAACGCAUAUAGGGGAUAAACCCUAUGCAUGUAAUGCUUGUGGGAAAACUUUCUAUCAUAAAUCAGUACUUACGAGGCAUCAGAUAAUUCAUACAGGAUUGAAACCUUUUGAAUGUUAUGAAUGUGGGAAAAACUUCUGCUUAAAGUCAGACCUCACAGUACAUCAGAGAACUCACACAGGAGAGAAACCCUUUGCAUGUCCUGAAUGUGGCAAAUUCUUCAGCCAUAAGUCAACCCUUUCUCAACAUUAUAGAAUACAUACGGGAGAGAAACCGUAUGAAUGUCAUGAAUGUGGGAAAAUUUUUUACAAUAAAUCAUACCUAACUAAACAUAAUAGAACACAUACAGGGGAGAAACCCUAUGAAUGCAGUGAAUGUGGAAAAACGUUUUGCCAGAAGUCACAGCUCACUCAGCAUCAGAGAAUUCACUUAGGGGAGAAGCCCUAUAAAUGUACUGCAUGUGGGAAAGCUUUCUGCCAUAAGUCAGCUCUAAUUGUACACCAGAGAACCCAUACAGAAGAAAAGCCCUAUAAAUGUAAUGAAUGUGGGAAGUCUUUCUGCGUGAAGUCAGGACUUAUUUUACAUCAAAGAAAACACACAGGAGAGAAGCCCUAUGAAUGUAAUGAAUGUGGGAAAUCCUUUAGUCACAAAUCAUCCCUUACAGUACAUCACAGGGCUCAUACAGGGGAGAAAUCUUGUCAGUGUAAUGAAUGUGGAAAAAUAUUUUAUCGUAAAUCAGACCUUGCUAAACAUCAGAGAUCACAUACUGGGGAGAAGCCCUAUGAAUGUAAGGUAUGUGGGAAAACCUUCUCUCAAAAGUCAAACCUCAUUGUACAUCAGAGGACACACACAGGAGAAAAAUCUUAUGAGAUAAAAUAAAUAUUUGAAAUAUUUAGCCACAAAUCAGUUGACAAUACAAAAUAUCAAAACUGCAAAAAGCUCUGUUGACAUCCUAAAUUAUAGUAACCUUUAUCCACAAAUUGGCUUUACUUUAUUCCAGAGUAAUGAUGGAGGAUAAAUUCAACAAAUUUAGGAUGGCCUUUGUUAAGAAAUGACAUCCUAAGGUAAUGCUUAUACAAAAACUCAUAGAUUCUUUUGAAUUUUGAAAAAUUUUUAGGUAAAAUACAAACUAAAUUAUGUCAGAAUUUAUAUUGAGAAAUUUAUGAAUCUGAAAAAUAAAAUGAAAUUUUACUUAGAAGUAACAUAGUACUACAAGUUGUAUUUUGAGUUUGAUACCUUAAUUGUCUUUAGAAAAGUAAUUUAUGCCUAUAUGUUGCAGAAUAUAAAACUUUAAAAAGCAUAUUUUAAGUACUAAAAAAUGUAUAUUCACAAGAAGAUUCAGUAAGAGUAUAGAGAGAAUUCCUUUGUGCUUUUAAUCAGCCUUACUGUAAUGAUGAUAUGUUAUAUAACCACUGUAUGUUCUAUAAUACAAGAGAUUGGUAUGCUAAUCAUAUAUAGACUUUAUUCAGAUUUUGCCAGUUUUUACAUGUACCCUGUGUUUUCUAUGUAGUUCUAUUAAGAUUUAACGUUAGGUUACAAAACUGAAAAGGAAUCUGGGGUCUGUAUGGCAUCAGGAUUAUGCAGGAUUAGGCAUCAGGAUUUAAUCUCAAGAAGUUUCCUCUUGUUAAAAAUACUCUCCUUCUGCAACCAUUGAAUAUUAAUCUUUUGAAAGUAUAGAUCAUUGAGUAAUCUGGGCAACAGGGUUAAACACAUGUGAGAAGUGUUCCUAAAGUUUAUAGACUUAAUAUGUGUCUAAGUGUUAAGGUAUAUAAGGUAUGUAUGUGUUUCAUAUGCAUAAUGGAACUUAAUGUAAUUUUGAAAAGGAAGUAGGUAUCCUUUCCUUAGUGCUUGUUACAUCAGGUCCAUGUUCAAUGUUUAUAAAACCAGAAUAACAGUUUAAAUGAAUGCCCACAUAGCUAAUGUCUAACCAUUCAAAAACUACAGAUCAAAAUAAAGUGCUAACAAACGAUUCCAUGCAUGAAGAGCUCUAGGCCCUACUCCAUAUCAUUCCCUUUCUUUUCUCACCUAAAUUUCAUCCCAUGCCAUGGAGUGCCCUGGUAUAAGUAUGUAAACUCUUGUCCAAACCUUCUGUAAACAGCUGCCCAGCAAGAUAGGGGCCAUAAAAGAGGCCCACACAUGUACACUAGAUGCCACUUAGGGCUUGUUGGGCUGUAGAUUCAGAAAUCUGAUAUAUACAGGUAGGAAUCUGGGCCUUCAGAGACUUCUGACAGUAUGAAGAGGAGGGUUGCAGCUGGAACAGGGCCUGAAUGGAGCUAGAGUGGGGUUUUUUAUUGGCAAUGUAAAGGUCAUAUAUUACUUAUUAUAAUAUAAAAGUUAUAUUACAGUCUAAUAAUCCUAAAGUACACAUUGCCGCAGUCUGGCUGGGUACAAUUCAGGAGCCACUUAUCAAGCAGAAAUGAACUUUAUUUUUAGAACACACAUGCCACACCACACAAGGUCUUCAGGAAUUCCCUCAGAGCCCAACUGCCACCACCGGCUUCCCACAAGCCUCUCAACCCCCCCACUCCUCCUGCUCUUGAGGCCGAUUGGCUGGGUCUCGUGGGCGGAGCCAAAAAAAGUCCCCCAAUGAGCAGCUCCAUGGUCUGAAAGGGCAGGGAAACAGCCCAAUGAGCAUCACCGUAGAGGAGCCAAUCAGCUGGCAGCUGGAAGUUUGCUGGGGCCGCUGUGAGCCAAUCAUCAGCUGGCAGCUGGAAGUUUGCUGGGGCCCCGUCGGCUGUGGCUCUCAACAUCUCCCCCUCUCUGUUUAAACAACAAGCAUGUGGCUUAGGGACUGUGCCUGCCUUAGGUUGUCCAAUACUACAUAUGGUCCUUACCCGUCAUCGGAUGAGCUGACCUCAAGGUGUCAGCCUCCUGUCUUAGGUUGGUACCAUUGCAAUUGGAUCUUACCCGUCAUUGACUACCGGUCCAGCAUACAGCCACACCUGUGGAUAGGUCUUUGUACCAGCGGGAGGGGGUGGGGUGAGGUUCUUUGCCUCACCUCUGUUGGCCCCCAAAUUUUAGCUGAAUGACCAUCACAAGCAGAAGGGAGGAAGAUACACCAAGCCAAUUGAUGGCUCCUUUUGGAAAAAUUAUACCACUGAUGACGCCAUCAGCAAAAAUACCCCAACACUACCACAAGUCGCUGCACCAACAGAUGGUUCACAAUGCAUACAAGUGAGUUCACAAUGCAUACAAGUGAUACAUAAUCCAGGCAAGUUCUGCAAGCAGUUCAGUGAUAGCUAUUGCAGAAGCUGUAGAUUGGUUUUAUCUUUGUCUUCACCGGCACUGGGAUGAAGAUAGGAAUUCUGGCAAUAAUGGCUAAAGAAAAAAUUAUGUAACAUUCCAGAAGGCACUAAAAGAAAACAAUUUUCUGAACAAUUUACAUUAUCUUGAACAGAAUUAUUAAAUAUAAUGAAAAGGAAAGGUGAAAGUAAACAGAUCUGUUAACCUCCUUUUUUGUUCACAUAUUAAACAAUCCUCAACAGCUGUUUACCCAAUUUAAAUUAAACCAUUUAAAUCACAUGAAUAAAAAAAAAAUUUUGGAUCCAUUUUUUCAUGAGCGCUCAUCAUGUAUGAUAUAUGGACAUACGUACAUACAAACAUACAACACAAAACACAAGUGUGCACACAUAAUAUAAUACAUACAACACAUAACAUAAUAGUAAAGGCCUUAUAACUUUUUACAGGUGAAAUCUCCAUUGCAAUGUUUAAAAACUCUAUAGUCAAAAAAUAGAACUGAUCAGCAAAACAUUAACCUAGGUCUGUAUGAGCUCAAAAAACAAAAUAGAACUUCAUGAUGUGGAAAAGGGCAAUAAUAAAAUAGAUAUUGAAAAAAGCAUCCUGGUUCUGUUGUAGAUGUAAGGAUAGCCAAACUGGAGUUCUGGAUAUAAGCUGUUAUGGAUUUGAGCCAAAUCAUCUUCUUUUUGGUCUGUAGAAAUCGCUUUUCUGGAAUCCAUAUCAGCUGCUGUUCUCCCUGUGGAAACACGCAAACAGACCCCUGACUCCAGACAAUCACUGGGUCAGGACCUUAGUUAAUCUCUCUGGAAUCCAAAUCGGCUGCUGUUCUCCCUGUGGAAACACACAAACAGACCCCCGACUCCAGAAAAUUAUUGGGUCAGGACCUUUCCAUUGUCCUGUUAGAAUAUCCUUCCAAAGUACCUUGGGCUUAUGUACAUUUUUUGGACACAUGCCUUUCCGCAGCACUAAGCCCUGAUGAAUCCAAAUUUAAAAAGUUUAGAGUAAAAAGCGUUAUUUUAAGUUUAUCUUUGGGGAAUAUAUACCCCUUCCCAAUUCCUUCUUUUUGCUUUAAUAAGUACAUUUUAAUAGUUUGAUGAGCUCUUUCAACUGUGCCUUGUCCCUGUAGAUUGUAUGGGAUUCCUGUUAUAUGAGUAAUGCCAAAUGAUGAGCAAAAUUGUUUAAAAGAGGUAGAUAAUGCCAGGGGCAUUAUCUGUUUUUAACUGUUUUGAAAUGCCCACAGUGGCAACAUUUUGUAAGCUAUAAUAUCUUUAUUUUUUUCUCCGGCAUGAAGGGAACCCAUCAAAAAUCCGGAAGAAGUAUCAACUGUAACAUGCAAAUAUUUUAAUUUUCCAAAUUCUGGCAAGUGUGUGACAUCCAUCUGCCAAAUAUGGUUAGGUAUCAGUCCUCUAGGGUUGACUCCUCUAGAAUUAACUUGUGGUAAAAAGGUCACAAAAUUUUGACAUUGUUUUAUUAUUUGUCUAGCUUGUUUCUUAGUUAUUUUAAAAUGCUUUUGUAAAGUAUUAGCAUUGACAUGGAACUUUUUAUGAAAAUUUGUAGCUUCUUCUAGUGUAGAGAAAAUAUGUAUGUCAUGUGUAGUUUUAUCUGCUAAAUCCUUGCCCAAACUAAGGGCUCCAGGCAAUCCUGUAUGUGCCCUGAUAUGUCCUAUAAAGAAUGGAUCUUUUCUGUCCCAGAUUAGACUUUGUAUAGUGGAAAGCAAAGAGAAAACAGUAGAGGAAGGGCAAAUCCUACCAGCACCUUCAAGGAAUACUAUAGCAUUAACUAUAUACUGACUAUCGGAAAAUAAAUUAAAUACAGAAUCUUUAAAUAUCACAAAAGCUUGUUAAAUACUGCAUUAAGUUCUACCUUUUGAGCUGAUUGUUUGGGUACUAAAAAUGUAAAAGUUUGAUCAGGUGUAACUAUUGCUGCUGUACCAUUAUUUGACCCAUCAGUGAAUAUAUUUGGAGCAUUCAUGAUACGCGUUUUUCUUGUAAUUUUUAGAAAAAAUACAGGAUGCAAUGACCAAAAAUACAAUAAAGGAUUAGAUGGUAAGUGGUUAUCAAAUCACAAAAACUAGUCUUCUGUCUUCUGAAACUAGAAAAAGAACAAAUUAAAUCCAGUAUAACGGGAAAGAAAAGUAACAUUGAAAGAAAAGCAAUAAAACCAAGAAAUGAUUCUUUGAAAAACAUCAAAUCACUUGAUAAAUUUCUAGCCUAGUUAACUAAUUUUAAAGAGAAGAGGCCAAUUGCUAAUAUCUGAAAUCGAAAGAGAGGCCAUCCCAUGGACAUUCAGAGGAUUAUAAAGGAAUAUCAUGGUCAGCUUUGCCCAUAAAUUGAAUAACCUAGCUGAAAUGGACCAAUUCCUUUAAAAAGUUGUAUUCUAACAAAUUCAUGAAGGGAUAAACUUUGUGAGAGGAUACAUUUAAAAAUUAAGCAUAUUGAAGAAAGUGAGUCAAUACUUAACAACCUCUCGGCACUGACAGUACUAAGACUGGAUGGGUCCAAUGGUAAAGUAUACCAAACAUGUAAGAUAGAAAUGCUACCAAUCUUAACAGCUUUUUACAGCAUUUAACAACAGAUGGGAUGUUUCCUAACCCAAUACAUGUGGCCAGCAUUACACUAAUAGCCAAACCAUAUAUGAAAGGAAAGGGGAACUACAGACCAAUAUUGGUCACAAAUGUAGAUGCAGAAGUUCUCAUCAAAAUAUUGAUUAAUCAAAUUCAACAAUAUAUAAAAAGAAUUGUAUACCAUGACCAGUGAGGCAGGUUCAACAUUCAGUGAUCAAUGUAACUUAUAUCAGUGGGCCAAAGAUGAACUGUGAUCACAAUCAAUAGUUAGAGAAAAAGCAUCUCAUAAAAUCCAAUAUCCAUUCAUGUUAAAACAUCUCAGUAAACUAGGAAUAGAAGAAACUUCAUCAGUGUGGUAAAUAAUUACUUCAAAGGGCCCUACAGCUAACCUUAUAUUUAAUGUCUUAAAUAUAGGUGCUUUCUGGUUAAGAUCAGGAACAAGGUAAGGAUGCCCACUCUCGCUACUGUUUUUCAGCAUCCUUCUGAAAGGUGUGGUGAAUAGAAAUAGAUAGGUAAAGGAAAAAAAAAGAUACAGAGAUUUUGAAGGAGGGAUGAGUAGACGGAGAGGUGUAUUUUUAGGGCUUUGAAAAUAUUCUGUAGGAUACUUACAACGGUGGUUAUACAUCAGUUUACAUUUAUUAAAACCUAUAGAACCUAAUCCACAGAGAAUUAACCAAAUGUAAGUCAUGGAUGUUAAUUAAUAGUUAUAUUAGCUAACAUCUUUUCUCACCCUAAAAUGUAGUAUCAGUAUGGGCUCAUCAAUUGUAACAAAUAUACUAUACUUAUGCAGAUGUUAAUAAUAGUUGCAGUUGUGGGGAGGGAUGAAGGAUUAUAUGGGAUUUCUCUAUUUUUUGCUCAAUGUUUCUAGCAUCCUAAAACUGCUCUAAAAAAUGAUGUGUCUUAAAUAAAUAAAUAACCAAGCAAAUCUGCUUAUGUAUAGCAAUAUAAUAUAGAUGGAAUCUAUAUAAAGAUGCUUACAUAUUUUGCAAUAUAAAAACAAACAUUGCUAGUUUUUCCCUGUAGUGUGGUGAGAGGCAUGAGUAAGGGAACACAGUCUCAGAAUUCUCAGGUUGACAACCACUAAGCCUAUUUCCAAUUAUACCCCUUUGUUUUUCUAAGCCUUACGGUUUUUUGAGAAUUAUAUUUUGAGAAGUAUUUUAAGUUCCACACCUCCCUUCAGAGCAUCUUUUUUAUAUUAAGUCUUUUGUCAGUCUGUUUAGACACUGAAACUACAGUCACCAUAUUUAAAUUGUAUUAGCUGGCCUGAAAUUAUGGCCCAAUGUUAUCAGUUCAUUUUGACAUCUGAAUCUGAGAUAACCUUGAAUAGCCAAGUCAUAAGUUUCCCUCCAUACUCUGCCCUCACAGUAACAUCCCAUAGCCAGACAACUGUUUUUAUCAAGGGGCCCAGUUUCUGUUAAUCCCUCAGUAGAAAUUUUACUUCCUUGCCAACCCACAGUUAUUCAUACAAACCCAUGAUAUCCCACAGCAGCUAAGGGCCAGUGUACCCUUUGACAUUACAAAGAAAAUACUUUAUUUUAUACUCCUUCUUUAUUCUGUUCCAAAGUGGGACCCUUGUGUGUAUCUUCAUGGCAUGUUGUAUCUUCCUCAGGCUGGUUUAAGAGUAUGUGUAACUAAUAAACUCCAUUGGAUCUUA